AUGGCCACUCAACGUCACUACUACCAGCCCGCCGCCUACCCUUACCACACCCCUUCCAAGGCGCCGGCGCCGGCGGCUAUGUACCCCAUCUCUCGAGUUCCUGGCUCCCCGCCAGACUACUCUGAUGCGAGUACCACCGCAGGCAGUCGUUCGUCUGGCGGGCUCACUUUCAGCUCCGCUGGCCGCAGCUAUGAAUCUAGCUCGGCGUCCUAUUCAGGUGUCGAUGUCGUCGACAUGGUAAAUGAUAGAAUGCAGGAUGCAUUCGACCCAACGCCCUUGGAUAGGGGUUUGGCACGACAGGCGCAAACUUCUGGCCAGCUCAACGCAAAGCAGCAAGAACUGCUCGAAUUGCAAGCAAUGGCGCAACGACGACUCAAAGGCGUGCGAUCAAAUUUCAACGAAGGUCUUAGAACAGCACGAGAGACGAAGCGCGAUCUUGAGUGGACUCAAAAGCGUGUCAGGGGCUUCCGCUCCGCCGGACGAGCUUGGCACGUGCAUGUCGAUCUGCACUGUCCCUGCGCCGUUAGCGCCUACCGGGAUUCUAGAAGGCUGACGCACGCGGCUGAAUAUAGUGCCCUGAAGACUAAGGCCGAGAAGGCCCACCCGGAAGAGUACCGACGGUCUUCGAAGAAGUACGCCUAUGACGAGUACUGA